AUGCCCUCUCAAGCCUCCACCGACACGGACGACACGUGCUGCCACAUCUGCGAGAGAAUGAAUUUCAGAGACCCGGCCUGGAAGCAAUAUGUCCCAUCAAGCCACUGUGUGCUCUGCGAUCGCCCCUUCUGCAGUGUGCACCAGGAACAAACUGAGGCCGACGGCGACGUUUGUGAAGCAAACCAUGGAACGUACUAUAAAGUCCACCACCACAUGCUCCUUGGAAAGGUGUUCACGAGCAAGCAGGAACGACAGGAACUACUGGAAGAGGAGGUCAUUGCACACCAAGCAAGACAGAGAAAGGAAAGCAUUGGCUGGACACCCCAGGACAACGAGGAUGAUAGCAGGCGUGUUUCUCCCUGA